GCGCAUCGUCCAUGGCGGCCGCGGAGUGUCGCGGAGUCGUGGGGUCCGUUCGUGUGCGUGCAGGCGGCAGCGGUGCCCUCGGCCGAUUUCCCCGAGUCCUCGUCGCGCCGAUCCGCGUCCAAGAUAGACACGGCGACCGCGAGCGCGACGGCAACGGUCGAGCUCGGCUUUCGUCGGGAACGUGCGGCAACCAACCGGCAAGACGAAGCUCAAAAUGCCACUGAGCCCGAGCUCGAAGAAAACAUUAUGCAUACUGCCCGAAGAGAUUAUUUACGAGAGAAAAGGCAAUCAUGCCGCCCUCACGCCGCUGGAGGACAUGUCCGCGGGACGAGGGCAGGCGGGUGGAGGGCCUCCUCAAAACUGUCAAAAGAUUUUUAUACAGCGCGACUACAGCGAAGGUACUAUGGUUAAGUUCCAAACGCGGUUCCCCACAGAACUGGAAAGUAGGUUGGACAGACAAUUGUUCGAGUACACAAUCAAUCAGUUGAACAACUACUUCGUCGAGGCAGAGCGUGCCAGUUGUUCUACAUACUGCGAGAGCUGCCUAUACUGUCUCACGGGUUAUCUGAUAAGUAUAUGCACCGAAACGCACUACGAAAAGUGUCUGCGCAAGGUCGCCAAGUUCGUCUGCGAGCAGAACGAUCGAGUGUACAAGCCACGCGGCCUCCUGCUGACAGAUCCGACGACGCGCGGGCUUAGGCUAAUAGAGAUCUCGGUACUGGAUAGACCCGCGUCGUGACUGCAUAUUAGCCGAUCCAGGGAGUUCUUCAUGUGACCCCCCGUGCAGCACUCUGGACAUUACCUCGCCAGAAUCACGGACAUGCACGCGCUCGUGAGUGCCUGUCGGCACAAUUAUGGGACAUACCGGUUAGUUUGAGUCAUUUUUCACAAGGUGCCGAAAAUUCUGCAAGGCUUGAAAAAAAAAAGGACAGAUUUCCCGUCAUCGUAACUUGUGGGCCGCAAAUUGCUCAGGUGCACCUUGCACGAUUGCUCUUGCCGUACACGCGUGCGACAAGCCAAGACUCUCUUGUCGCCGGAUCGUGCCUCGUACUUAGUUCUAAAAGGUAAAUGUAGAUUGACGCAGUAUGAUCAGAUUGUAAUAUGCGCGUGCAUGUGUGUGAGAGUGAAAACUUGCGGGAAACAAGAAAUACGUACGCGGGAAUGUGCGCGAUUGAUUCGUGGGGAUUUCGCGCUGUCGUAGAUUCAUCUGUCAAUUCAAUUGUGACGAAGCAAGCUUAUACAAGGUCGGUCUGAUCGCGGCAAGAGAGUCUCGGCGUUCACUCGCAUUCGUGGUGUCUCGAUCCUAAGUGGCAGCUACUGCGUUCUCGAGGGAGGGCGUGCAUCGAAGCGCGUGGAUGUGUAACGAAACACCGUGGCACUUCUAUAAGUUCAAUUUUCUAUGUGCGUACACAGAACAUAUAACAUACGAAAGUAUAUGAGGUAUAUGUGGCGAAUCAGGGUACGGUAGGGAAGCGUAACUUCGUCCUUUGCACACGUCGUUAAACGACGCGAGUUAGGCUCACCGUUGGCCGCCACAUUGAUUUGUCAUGUAUACGACGGGGUCUACAUAUUUUUUUACUGUUCAUUUAUGACUUUUAUCGUAUCACCUGCAUUUAAUUAAUGAGAGACGUGAAUGAGAUGCGUGUCUGCGUGAAUUACUUAGCGAUGAGAUGGCGUACGAUGUUAGGCGUCUGUAGCGCGUGUUUCGUUCAAGGUUCCGUCGAACGAAGAACCUCGAUUACGAGGCGUGAACCUCGUUCUCGACGAAUGCUGUAUGUACGAAUCUCCGAGUUCUUCUCAUCUUCCGCGAUGUAUCUUCCAUUACGUCUUGUGUAUCCGCGCGCGUAAAGCGUAAAGUCUUUUCGCUAUACGUAUGUACAAUUGAGUGAGGGAUGUUCAGUUCAGUCGCGCGCGUGUGGAUGCCUCUCGACAAGCGAAGACGGAUAGAUUCGAAUUGGAAUUCGCACAAAACACUUGUCGCGCCGUAAAGAAACCCGAGGAUUGGCUAAAAAAAAGGGGGGGAAAAAACCCCGAGAAGAAGAAAGAAAUUGUGUGAAAGAAGCGGUGAUAUAAAAAGAUAAGUUACGUUACAAGUUGAAUCGGCAUUGUGAUCAAGGCGAAAACCGUUUGCGAUGCAGCGCGAAACUACGUACGCUUUAGUCCGCUCUCUGACAAGUCGAAACUGGUCACCCGUCGCGACGCUGGACGCUUUCCAUAUUCCGUUCCCGCUAAUUAGUUAUAAAUAACAAUGAUCUCAAACGAUACAACGACGCAACACCAUGUCUACCUUUGCUUUCUCUUACGCGCUUUGGGAGCCUAAAGUAUAUCGUAACACGCGAGACGCAACGCCGAGGAAGAGAGUCUUAGAGUCUUUUCUGGCACUACCAUUCGUCUAUCGUCGAUUAGCUUGACAUCCAGCGUAACGUGAGCCUCGUGAGCGUAGAGAACGGCACGACGAACGCGGGAAGAUAUCUCGCGUGUCCACGUGGCGUCAGGAAUUCGGGCUUGUCGAGGUUCCACAGUCGGUUGAAAAAGGUCUCGAUUUACGCGCGCUUACCGCGGUAUCGUGCACGCAACGGCGAACGAUCUCUCUCGUUCUUGGUCACAAUGCCCAAUCGGAGCCUGCCCGAUACGUUGUAAUGUUGCGAUGAAAGGAUCUUGCCAAAUAAGCGUGUCACUGCCUCAGCGUGCGAUUUCCUAGCGCGUGUGAGCGCCCGUAGGAGAGACGUACGGACCGGAGAUCGUCCGAGAUCGAGUGAGAGAAAGCGUGAUAUCGAAGAAAAAAGGAGGGAGGAAGAAAAAAUAAACAAAUAAACGGAAGCCGCAGGAAGGAAGUCUCCCGGGAAAUUACGGGAAGUUUCCCGUCAACCAAUUUCUUUGGGACGUCGCAAUAUCACGUGCAUAGGGCUCUGACUGCAUGCGCGCGCGCGCAUGUCGCGCACGUGCGCGCGUACGCAUGUUUGCAUAUAAUGUGUGUAUAUAGCGGAUUAUAAUCGUCGACGCGAAGUAAUAAGGAGACGGAAGGAAGCAGAUAAAGAAAAAAGGGAGGAACCGUUUGUUAUACUUAAUUUAAUUUAGUAGGACCAAUAUUGGAUUGAUGAUCCGUAACUGUAAAGGACACCAUCGUACGAGUGUAAUUUCUAAAUGUUUUAUUAAUAAAAACGGCGUAAAUAUA